AUGACCCCGGCCACCAGUGAUUCAUCGGCACCUUUCUGCAACACGUCCGGCGACCUACAGUUGUGCCAGGUAACGGCUUCGUUUGCAACCACAACGGUUACGGGUAUUGUGACGGCGACGGUGGUGGCGGCGGUGCAGACGGUGUUUAGAAAUACAACGUCCACAAUAUCGACGACAACAACUCCAAGAACUGUCCUUCCAUCUAGUACUCCCCCCACGAGCUCCUCAUUUUUAUUAGCAGGAAUCUCAAGUAGUACCACCAGUACCACAUCCUCAAGAGUGCAGGCUAUAACCCCUACGACGCGAACAAACACCACCAGAAGCACCAGUGCCACUUCCCUUGUCAUUGCCACCACCCCUCCGCCAACAGAAUUCACGGGGGGGUCCUCUCCGGUUCGUGGAGAGUUUGGUCAACAGCUUGGGAUUGCGCUUUUUGCUUUUGCAUUGAUUGUGUUGUUCUAG